GUCCUCGUUACCCUCGUGAUGAGAGACGCGGAGGCGACUACCGCUCGCCUGAUCUGCAACGGUAUCAUGGAGAGAGGUGGGGAAGCGAGACGCGCUCGCCCGACUGGCACAGGCAACAUGGAGAAAGCCGGGGAGGCGGAUACGGCUCGCAGCUUUGGCAACAGAGCAGGGAUGAGGGGCGCGGCGGAGGGUAUCACUCACCUGAUCGGUACUGGCAGCAUGACGGAAGACGUACCAGUGAGGGAGGACGGGAUCAACGCAACAGCAGAGAGGAAGGCAGCGGGCUGA